UCCAUAGAAGAACAAGCCCUUUGUAGUAAAAAUAAAUCGUUGUACUUCGAAUGCCGAUAUCCAGUCCAUUAGGAAAAUAAACAAAUGUAAAACGGAAAAUAUUAUAUUAAAGUUUACGUUGUCGCUUGGCGAGGUCAACUCUACCAGGAACGAUAGCGCAUAUUCGGUAUCUUUGUAUUUGCGAUCUUAGCAUUAAUUAACUUGUAGUUGUUCCUCGAACCUGAUACUCAUGAGGAAAAAUUUAAAGAGCAGUGAUGGACGCUAGCACGGACAGGCUCUUCCAGAAGGUGGCGGAGAAGUUAGGCUGGACUGCCAAGGGGGCGCUGGAUCUAGCCGAGAAGGAGCUGAUAAAGAACAUUGGGAAAAGUAGACAUCAGGGUCCUUCUAGAGCUGUAGAUUCAGACAACGGCAGCUCUGGAAAAGAGAACAGUCCUUUGAAAGGACAAACUCGACAGAUGGCGAUUCCCCUGGACUCCAGUGAUGAUGAUUUUGAUGUGUUUCUUGUUGCAAGGGCCACACCUGCUGCACGGCGUCCACCUGAGAAAAACACAGCUUGUGAGGAAAGUCCACCUGCACUGGUAGUGAGUUCAGACACUGAUGACAGCUUUGAAAAGUUCCUGAGCCGUGUGAAAACUCCAAAAACCAAGCCAGCCCGUGUGAAGAAGUACGGUAGUGAUGACAGUCUUAAACAGUUUAUAAUGGACAGCUCCUCCGACGAGGACUUUGUGACAGAACAGAGAAAGAAGAAACCUCUGUCCAAAGGAAACCCGAGGGCCCCCAGCCCUGGUCUGCGAGCCCCGCCAGCAGAACCGUGCCCUGUAACCCAGCUGCAGUCCCCGGUGUUUGUGAGCGAUGAUGAUGAAGGCGUGUUAAUCAAGAGCACCUGGAAAUCUCGCCACACCCGGCUUGUUCCUACAUCACUGGAAACCAAAUCCCCCGCCCCCGAGUCUCUGGCUCCACCCUCUUCCUCAUUAUACCGGACACCAAUCCAGCUGGAAGAUUCCAGUUCUGGGGAGGAGUUCCAGUCCUUGCUGGAAAGACUCAAGAAGAAUCACAGUAUUGGUAGUACCAAUAACACACAGACGCCCAAACCCAGCAAAGAGCCUGUGCAAAAGCCCUCUCUGUCAGUUCCACGGGGCCGUGGUCCGAAACCGAGUGAGGGUAGAGCAGGGAAGGCCCGGGUGGAGAAGCCGACCCAUAGCCUGAGCACGCCAGUGCAGACAGUGGAGAGACCCGUGCUGAGCCAGACGGAGCCCAGACUGCUGGGAAGCAGCCGAAGCACAGCUUGUAAGACCCCUGGCUGCUUCCUGCAGUCCCUCUCUAUUCCUGGGUCCCAGUACUGUCGCAGCUUCAAGCAGCACAAGGAGGAGCUCACGGGCAGACUGUACCAGCUGUACAACAGCAGCAUCUUUGAGGGAAAGCUGCCCUCCAACAUGUCAGUGAGCUGGAAUAAGAAGAUGAGGAAAACUGCUGGGUACUGCAUCUCAGGGCAGGAGCGGGGCAGUGGAAACCGCUAUGCCCGCAUCGAGCUCUCGGAGAAAGUGUGCGACUCUGCAGACCGCCUGAGGGACACGCUGGUGCACGAGAUGUGCCACGCGGCCACCUGGAUCAUCAACGGCGUGCGUGACGGCCAUGGAUCCUUCUGGAAGCUCUACGCUCGCAAGGCCACGCUGGCCCACCCUGAGCUGCCCAUGGUCACGCGCUGUCACAGUUACGAUAUCAACUACAAGUUCCAGUACCAGUGCAGCCGCUGCAAGAAUGUGAUUGGCCGCCACUCAAAGUCCCUGGAUACGCAGCGAUUCGUCUGCGCGCUCUGCACCGGUCAGCUGGUGCUGCUCACCCCUGCCAAGUCUCGGGGCCCCACGCCCUUCGCUGCCUUUGUCAAGGAGAACUAUGGCAACGUGCGGCAGGAGCUGGGGGGGAAGGGCCACGCGGAGGUCAUGCGCAAGCUCAGCGCCGACUUCGCCGCCAAGACGCAGCUCGGAAGCAGCUGAGGGCCUCAGGGCAGCGCCCCCCCCCCCCCCCAUCACUUGCUCCUGGGGCCCUUAAAGCACCUCCAGACAGGGGGUCAAACUCACUUUUUCAGGCAGAAAGUCUUUCUCUGUCUAAGGUGAUACAGGAUGGGACCUCAUUCUCGGCUGAUCAUUUUUGAUGUUUAUGAAACCCUUAACAUUUGUGUCCAGAUGCAGUCUGUAGAAUGAUGGGACAUUAAGAACACCUCAACAGACACGGAGGCACGAGUCGUUCUCUCAGGUCUGCAGGGAACAGCCAUUGAUUUUAUCCCUGUUUUUCAUGCGUGAAAGUGGUCCACGGUGUUGUCGGCGCUGCAUGGCGCAUUAGAUGACGUGCUGCUCUGGGAUGCAAAGGGCGUAAUGCAUGUCUUGACCUGCAACACUGCAGAUGCUCCAGAAAAUGUGACAUACAUAGUGAAAUUUACUGAUAUGCAGAACUGUACUUUUACCUCAAACGUUUGUCUAUUCUUUGUAAGCCUUGUGAUGUUUUUUCAGUGUCCUUAUUCAAAAUUUAAUAAAUCUUUUGCAAGUUUUGUACAUGU